AAGUGAUUAAGUUAUGUGGGGAGAGAGGGAAUAUAUCCAUCCGUAAUAAAGAAUUCAAAACUAAAUAGGCACGAAACAUGGGGCCUAUUUGUUUAUUCCUUAAUACGGGUAAAAUAACUUGGUUUAGAUUUUUGAGAACUCGCAAGUUAACAAUCGCAAAUUGGCCACUUUUGUCAAGAAGCAGGGUCAACAACUCAACUCACUUCGGUUCAUUUCGUACAUCGUCAUGCAACUCUUAUGUGUUCUCUUGGCGUGUACAAUGUAUUGAUGGGUUUCCAUUUUCCAGCUAUAUUGACUCAAUCAAAGGUCGGUCAAGGUUUGUUUUCUGUCACUCUCCUUUUCCCAUUUAUUUAUCCCUUCCUUUAUUCUGCUUGUGAACUAACUAUUUUGUGCUGGGUAGAUGAACCACCUCAGGCGGACACUACAAUGCUGAGAUUUGUCUUUUACUAUUAGCAUUUUAAAUCACCAGCUCUGGUUGAUUUCAGGUUUUGAGGUUGUGCUAUCACAGUAGACUUCAAGAAUCGAUGAGGGAGAAGGAAAGAUUACAUUUUUAUUGCAUUUGAGAUAAACUCAUUUAUUUUGGAUUUGGGAUUCUUCAUCAGUUUUUUCGUAGUUAUAUGCUUCAUUUUCUAUUCAAGAACCCAUUGAUGAGGGGGAGAGUAAGAGGAAAGCAUUGAGCCGCCUAAAAAAUCGGUGAAGUGAAUUUUGAUCUUUCAAAAUUAUUCUUAAUAGUCAGCCUCGAAGAUUUGUGGAUUUGGGUUUGGUCACAUUCCAAACAGAUAUGGGUGUACCCAAUAACCACCCAAACGGCUUGGAGGAAAAACUAGAUGAAAUCCGACAAAAAAUAGGAAAGUCCGAUGGUGACUUGCUGAGGAUAGUGGGGGUGGGGGCCGGGGCUUGGGGUGCAGUUUUUGUUGCAUUGCUUCAGGACAGUUAUGGUCCUUUUCGCGACAAGGUCCAAAUUCGGAUAUGGAGAAGGGCAGGGAGGGCUGUGGAUAGAGACACAGCCAAACACCUGUUUGAGGUUAUCAACUCAAGAGAGGACGUGUUGAGGAGGCUGAUUAGGCGUUGUGCGUAUUUGAAAUACGUGGAGGCAAGGUUGGGCGACCGGACACUAUAUGCUGAUGAAAUAUUGAAAGACGGGUUUUGCUUGAACAUGAUUGAUUCCCCACUUUGUCCCUUGAAGGUUGUAACCAACUUGCAGGAGGCAGUCUGGGAUGCAGAUAUAGUGGUCAAUGGGUUACCUUCAACUGAAACCCGUGAAGUGUUUGAGAAGAUUGGUGAGUACUGGAAAGAGAGAUUGACUGCCCCAAUUAUUAUCUCUUUGGCUAAGGGCAUUGAAGCUGAAUUAGAUCCGUUUCCUCGUAUAAUUACACCCACCCAAAUGAUAAACCGAGCAACUGGAGUACCAAUAGAGAAUAUUCUUUAUCUCGGUGGCCCAAAUAUUGCCUCAGAGAUCUACAACAAGGAAUAUGCUAAUGCUCGGAUAUGUGGGUCAGAGAAAUGGAGAAAACCCCUUGCAAAGUUCUUGAGGCAACCCCAUUUCAUUGUUUGGGAUAAUAGUGACCUUGUUACCCAUGAAGUUAUGGGAGGUCUGAAAAAUGUCUAUGCCAUUGGAGCUGAACCCGAAAGGCUUGCUGGGCCGCUGCUUGCUGACACAUAUGUGACACUGCUGAAAGGACGCAAUUCUUGGUAUGGCCAAAUGAUUGCUAAGGGAGAACUCAGUCUGGAUCUGGGAGACAGCAUAAGUGGCAAAGGGACAAUUCAGGGAGUUUCAGCUGUAGGAGCAUUUUAUGAACUUCUAAGUCAAUCCAGCUUAAGUGUGUUGCAUCCUGGGGAGAACAAGCCAGUUGCUCCGGUUGAGCUUUGCCCCAUUCUGAAAACGUUGUACAAAAUACUUAUAACAAGGCAAGAAAAGGUGCAAGCUAUUCUCCAAGCACUAAGGGAUGAAAACUUGAAUGAUCCCCGUGAUCGGAUAGAGAUUGCACAAAGCGGUGCUUUCUACAAGCCUUCCCUCCUUGGACACCCUUGAGGAAUGGAGGGGUUCUUCUGCCUAUGCAAAAACUAUAUAAAUAAUCAUGAGAACUUGCAUAUGUAUGUCUUGAUGCCUGUUUGGAUUAGCAUUUUUUCGUAAACUUUAGUUUGAAAAAACGCACAUUUGGUGGAUUAUUUAGAAGCUAAACUUAUAGCUAUGGUAAAAAAGACAAAAUACAACAGCAAGAGAACACUUCUUUAAUUAGCUCCAUCAAAUACCACCAGUUCAAAUUCCA